AUGCCAUCAAUCAAAGACAUGACAGUCCUCGUCAUCGGCGGCUCCGCGGGUAUCGGCUAUGGAGUUGCAGAAAAGUGCCUUUCAGAGGGCGCUAUAGUGCACAUUGCAUCCUCCAAUCCCUCCAGGGUCAGCGCGAGCACCAAGUCACUGCAAGAAAAGUUUCCCAAUGGCCGGGUCACCGGACACACCUGCGACCUCUCCCAGGAUGACGUCGAGGCCCGGCUCGAAGGACUUCUGAAGUCCGUGGGACAACUGGACCACAUCAUCUUCACUUCAGGAGACGCCCUGACGCUCACUCCCAUCGACAGUAUCAGUCUCGAGACGAUCCACAAAGCCGGCCACAUCCGGUUUGUCGCUCCCCUGCUGUUGGCGAAACUCGCCCCGCGGUACCUCAAGGCGGGUUUCACAUCCUCUCUAAUCCUGACCACGGGUUCGGUUUCUCAGAAGCCCAUCCCUGGGUGGUCAGUCGGUGCGGCAUUCGCCUCUGGGUUGCACGGGAUGGUGCGCGGUCUUGCUGUGGACCUCAAGCCGCUCCGCGUCAAUUUGGUCAGUCCUGGGGCGGUGAAGACUCCUCUCUGGGACGGGAUGGAUGGAGUGGAUCAGUUCGAUAAGUUUACCCUCUUGGGGAAAAUUGGGACUGUCGAGGAGGUGGCGGAGGCUUAUGUAUACUUGAUGAAGGAUACGAAUGCGACAGGCAGCUCCAUGGACAAACUCGAUCCUCCUCCAGAACCAACGCCCACAAAAGACAACCCGCCCGACAACCCCGCCGAACCAGACGAGUACACCGGCGCCCGCAAAAGCAAGUUUCGCUUCAAACGCUCCUCAAAGCACCGCUCGCGCUCCCACUCCACUCACGCCGACGAUGGCUCCCACCGGCGUCGCCACAGCCACGGCCACCAUCACCGCUCGAAACGCCGCAAACACCGGCGCUCUCCCUCCCCAGACCCGACGCUCCCACCCCCGCUCCCGGCGGAAGACGCCUUCCGCGAAUCACUCUUCGACGCGCUCGGCGACGACGAAGGCGCCGCAUACUGGGAGACCGUGUACGGGCAACCGAUACACACCUACGCGGUACCGCACGUGGCGGGGCCGAACGGCGAGCUGGAGCAGAUGUCCGACGAGGAGUAUGCGGCGUACGUGCGGGCGCGCAUGUGGGAGCGCACGCGCGAGGGCAUGCUGGAGGCACAGGAGCAGCUGCGGGCGGAGCGGGCGCGUCAGCGGCGUCACGACGAGCGCCGCGAGGAGGACGUGCGUCGACGGCGGGACUUUGACCGCGACAUGGAGGCUUGUCUUGCUCGGGGGCGCGAGCGGAGACGCGCCAAGGCGUGGAAGACGGUUUGGGAGGAUUAUGUGCGGUCGUGGGAGCGGGUUGAUCAGGCUGUUGCUGCUGUCGCUGCUGGUGAAGGCGGGGAGGCGACGGCUGAGGCGAACCGGUUGCGGAAUUUGCUGUUUUGGCCCGUGGAGUCGGGGAAGCGGCGGGAUGUGUCGCGCGACGCGGUGAGGGAUUUUAUGCGGCAUGCGCCGUCGGUGGUGUCGGUGGUGUCGGGGGAUACGGCGGAAUUGCUGGCUGUGUUGAAGGCGGAGCGCGUGCGGUGGCAUCCGGAUAAGAUGCAGCAGCGAUAUGGCGCUCUGGGCAUUGAUGAGGUUGUGAUGCGCAGCGUUACGGAGGUCUUUCAGAUUAUUGAUCAUAUGUGGAGUGAAACUCGAGAGAAGCAGUCUUGA